AUGGAUAAAAUGAACGAACGAAAGCGCAAAGGAUACAUGUCAGCGAGCCCAAAAGAAAGGCUUGUUGAGAUUAUGAUUCAACCUGAACAGAACAAUUUAAUUAUAGGCAAAUUUACAAAUAAUUUUACAAAAAAGGAUAGUGAUGCUCAAUGGACAUCCAUUGCAUUGUCAUUGAAUUCCAUACCCGGAGGAGGAGUUAAAUGUGGUGCUGAUUGGAAAAGAGCAUGGAGUGAUUUGAAAACCAAAACCAAAAAUAAAAAUAUGCUCAUUAAAAAGUAUGCUAAUAAGACAGGUGGUGGUCCAAGUUGUCCUAUUAUGAUGAAUAAUGUAGAUGAUAAAAUCAUUUCAGUCAUAAACCCUACUACAAUUUCAGGUCAUCAAAGUGUAUCCGAAUCAGUAGUAGACUUCAGUAUAAAUG